GCGAUAGCUGCUUCGCUCUAAUGCUGUUACAUACACAUGCUGCCGCAGCGCUGCUCCGGGACUGGGCUGGCAAACGGAGCGGCGGACAGAAGGACGCGCUAGAGUGCGGAGACGGCACUAAUCGGCGGGGCACCGCGGCCACUGACCGACUCAUUUUAUAUCAGAAGAUCCUGAUCCUGCUGUAAAAUACCGGAGAUCCCCGCGUAUGCCGCCCCGUGUCGUGAUACUCACUUAAUUCUACUUCGUUUUCAGUCAAAAUCCGUGCUAUCGGAGAACAGAAAGCAGCGCUUGUCAGGGGAUUUUGGGGGCGGGUGAGAGGUAACAAAAAGACGCGCACUUCAGAGAUUAACUGGGGAGCCGCAGAAUUAAGACACAUGUUGUUGUUGUUUUUUUUUGUAACAAAACGUUUCCGCCGUGCUGGAAUAUGCGUGUAAGAAGUAUCUAUUAUCUCGCCUAGUCUAUAUAGGGUUCCGCCACAGUUUGGUAUAUGGCUUAUGCCGGCGUGAGAUGCGCCACGAACUGAAAUGAAAUAACUGUUAUGUCGCGUUAUUGCCGCUGAAAAGCGACCAGAAAGGCAGCAGGAAGAGAGAGCCGACGCCUCGGGAGAGUUUGCGCGGAUACGCGUGCAGUUUGAAAAGGAAAAUAUUUUUGACACGGUCGGGAGACUUUGACAUCAAGUUGCCUUCAACAGAUUAAAGGGCGAAAUAAUCCUUUAAAAGAUAUGGAUCAUUUCACUAUGUUUUUUGGAUUUUUACUACACGUUUGUUUGACGACCACAGCAGCGCGCGGCGAAGGAGAGCCUUGUGGAGGCCACCUGGAUGCCAGCGUGCCCGGCUACAUCACGUCACCGGGGUACCCACACGAGUACCCACCUCACCAGAGCUGCCGUUGGGUGAUCACAGCGCCUGAGCCCUCCCAGCGCAUCACGCUCAAUUUCAACCCCCACUUUGAGCUGGAGAGACUGGACUGCAGAUAUGACUUCAUCGAGAUCCGGGACGGCAACUCAGAGUCAGCAGAUCUUCUGGGGAAGCACUGCAGCAACAUCGCCCCACCCCCCCUCAUCUCGUCUGGACCUAUGGUGCACAUUAAGUUUGUCUCGGACUACGCCCACCAGGGAGCAGGAUUCUCACUGCGCUAUGAGAUCUUAAAGAUAGGCUCGGACUGCUCCCAGAACUUCACAAGCCCAUGGGGCAUGAUCGAGUCCCCAGGCUACCCGGACAAGUACCCCCACAACUUGGAGUGCACCUUCAUCAUCAUCGUGCCGCCCCGCCUGGAAGUCACCUUGACAUUUCUGACCUUCGACCUGGAGAACGACCCUCUGCUCACAUUGGAGACGGAGUGCAAAUAUGACUGGCUGGAGGUGUGGGAUGGCCUGCCGCAGGUGGGACCCCUGAUCGGGCGUUACUGCGGGACGAAGGCUCCUCCCGAGAUCACGUCGUCCACGGGAAUUCUCUCGCUGACCUUCCACACGGACAUGGCUGUGGCAAAGGACGGCUUCUCUGCCCGGUAUAACAUGACGCCUAAGGAAGUCAGCGACACAUUCCACUGCAGUAGUCCCUUUGGCAUGGAGUCCGGGAAGAUCUCUGACAGCCAGAUCACAGCCUCGUCCUCCUUCAGCGAUGGCCGCUGGACCCCCCAGCAGGCGCGGCUCAACAACGACGACAAUGGCUGGACACCCAGCGAGGACAACGUCAAGGAGUACAUCCAGGUGGACCUGAGCUUCCUGAGGGUUCUGACCGGCAUCGCCACGCAGGGCGCCGUGUCCAAGGACACACAGAGGUCCUACUUCGUCACCACGUUCAAGUUGGAGGUCAGCACCAACGGGGAGGACUGGAUGAUCUACCGGCAUGGCAAAAACCAGAAGAUUUUCCACGCCAACACGGAUCCGACGGAGGUGGUGCUGAACCGCAUCCCUCAGCCUGUUCUGGCUCGCUUCGUCCGGAUCCGGCCCCAGACAUGGAAGAACGGAAUUGCCCUGCGCUUCGAGCUGUACGGCUGUUUGAUCACAGAUGCCCAGUGCUCCGAGAUGCAGGGCAUGAUGUCCGGCCUGCUCCCGGAGUCCCAGAUCUCGGCUUCCUCCGCGCGAGAUAUCCACUGGUCCUCCGGGUCGGCCCGGCUCAUUGCCAGCCGCUCCGGCUGGUUCCCCGAAAUGGCGUCACCAGUGGCGGGCACAGAGUGGUUGCAAGUGGACCUGGGGAUGCCGAAGAUGGUGCGUGGCGUGAUCACGCAGGGGGCACGCGGGGGGGAGAGCAGCACGAGCACGGACAACCGCGCGUUCGUCAGGAAGUACCGUGUGGCCCACAGUAUGAACGGCAGGGACUGGAGCCUCAUCAUCGACAGCAAGACUGGUCUGCCUAAGAUUUUCGAGGGAAACACUCACUACGACACCCCAGAGAUCCGGCGCUUCGAGGAGGUCCCUGCCCAGUUCAUCCGCAUUUACCCCGAGAAGUGGUCCCCGGGGGGCAUCGGCAUGCGCCUGGAGGUGCUGGGCUGCGACCUGCCAGAGACCAUCCCCGUGACCGAUAAAGUCACACCCACCCUUCCGCGGUCAGCGGCGAGCAGCACCACCCAGAGUCUGUGGCCAGUCCCCACUGCCGGCCCUUCCUAUCCGCCCAGCCUCUGUGACUUUGAGCGAGGUCUGUGUGGAUGGAGCCACGACCCCGCGGCUGACCUGCGGUGGGCACUGCACAGCGGCGGUAGCACCACUGGCCUGGGUCCCAGCCAGGACCUCUCCCUGGGUAUUGGAGGCAUCGGCAGCUUCCUGUACGUCGAAGCGAGCCCCAGGGCGGAGGGCCGGCGGGCCCGGCUGGUGAGCCCCGAGGUGCGGCCCCAGCAGGGGGAGCUCUGUCUCAUCUUCUCCUACCAGCUGUGGGGUGAGGGGAUGGGCCACCUUCGGGUGCUGCUGAGGGACACCAACCAGGAGGAGACCCUGAUUUGGGCCCUGAAGGGGGACCAGGGGCCCGUAUGGAAGGAGGGGCGCACCGUCCUGCCCCACUCGCCCAAGGAGUACCAGGUCAUCAUGGAGGGCUUCUUUGACCACGGCAACAGAGGCCACAUCUGGCUGGACAACAUGGACAUGAGCUCCAGCACCAUGCUGGAAGACUGCACACAGCCUUUCGCUGCCUUUCCUCCCUUCAUGACAGGGGAAGCCCUUCCUGGCAGGAGUGACCCCACAGUAGACACGGUGUCAGUGCAGCCCAUUCCUACCUACUGGUAUUACAUAAUGGCCAGCGGGGGGGCCCUGCUGCUUCUGGGUUUGGCCACUCUGGUCAUGCUCCUCUGCUGCCACCGCUACCGUGUUGCGGCCAAGAAGAGCCAGCACUCUGUGGUCUACCAGAGCUCCCAGUACCCUGCCAGUGUCCCACCCAGGCCCGGGGUGGAGCCCACGCUCUCCAUUAGACUGGAGAAGGAGGACCACAUCUCCCACUGCAAAGCCUGUAGACUCUGUCCUCAGUGCCAUGGCAACUAACCACAUCUCUCAGGCGCCUGGGCUCACAUGCGUGCACCUCUAAUGGCUCCUGUGGGUGUUUGAAAAGGAUUGUUUACUGCCCUUGUUUCUCCUAACGGAUGCUGCAUCUUAAAGAAUACUGCAAACGAAUGUGAAUGAAAGAAAAAAAAAGAAAAAAACUUGUGGACAUGGAUUUGUGGACAGUUCGUAAGGGCUUGAGAUGUUUCAGGACGGGGUUUGCUGCCCUGAAGUUUAGCACCCAAUAUCCAGCCAGAGCCUCUUAGUGCCAGCCCACCUCCUCUGGAUUUCCGGCAGGGUGGGACCCAACCCUAUGUGAAGAUUUAAUCCCAGGCUCGUGACAAAUCCGAUUGUGAUGUCAGAGUGUCGCCCCGGUAAUGCCAACAUUGUUAUGACAGCAUAAGGAAAAAAGAAGCCGCUUCCUACGAUAGAGACGAUGCAGAUGGAGAUUAGUGAGAUGAGAGACUCGACAGACUGUAUGACUGAGUGGAGAGACCGGGCAGACUGCAGCUGGGAGAAAGGGUUCAGCAGACUGAGUGAGAGUCCAGAGCAUUUAGAAACUGUUAGUGAUGUAAGACAAGGUCCUGUGGUAUCAACAGAAACCAUGGUGUUUCACUUAGGGCUGGCUGACGGGGACUUGUUCUGACGUGUCAGGUGUUUGAGAGCCAGGCAUGUGAACUGAUUAAGCACUUAGUAAUAUUCACUGUUCGCAGUGGACAAAAAUACGCUCAUGUUGAUGGAGGAUGUUGGUGUUGUACGUUCUCUUAAUUUUAACAUGGCCGGGGGUGUCUUAAAGAACUGAGCAAAGUAUGUGUUUUGUGUGUGUGUGUGUGUGUGUGUGUGUGUGUGUGUGUUUUGUAAGUGAAUCCUAAAAUAUGAGGGAUAGUUUACAGAAUGAAUAUGCCCUUGUCUGCCCUGAAAAAAAGAAAUCAGUCGCCCUGAAUGUAAAAACGGUGGGUUCUGUUUCGUGAAGAACGUUGGCACUGUCUCCCUCUGAUCAAAAUUAAACAUUUCUUAAAUGACUUGAGGAUGAUAAGGGAUGAUGAAAGUGGCUUUUGCGCCGACUGUAAAAUAGACAUUCAAAAGAAUUUUGGAUCUGCCGUUGGCAACCAUUAUUUCUUAAUCUUCAGGGUGAUGAGCAUUGGUGGUCAGAGAUAGAUUCUCUCAGGAGAUAGUCUCCAUUUUUGAAUGCUGCUUUUCCUUACUCUUAAUGUCCAAUCUGGCAGAGGAGCCAGUGCUGUAAUAUGUCAGAUAGAACAGUGUCAUAACAAAGGAAAAUGAUGUUGAGCUCUGAAAGUGCCAGGAAAUGGUGAAGUAAAGUAGUAGAUAUUAAACUGAUUAUACAGACACAGUAUAGACAGGAAAAGUGGGAAAUAUGUCAGCAGACUGUAAUACCAGAGUCACAGAUGUCACACUCAUGAUUGAAAAAGGUCAGAUGCCUCAAAUCCUGUUUUUUUCUAUAUAUAUAACCAUCCUAAAAGCAACCCCACUUACCUUCUGAUGAUUAAUUGCAUUUUUCUUUUGCACAUGCUUUUAUCCACUUUCAAAGGUGACGGGUCUAUACUUGUGCCAAUAUUAUUACUCAAGAAAUUCAAUUAAGUAUCUUCUGAUAACUGCAUCAGUAGCUCUGCUCUUAGGAUUUUUAGGAUUUUAGCUUACAGGCUCACAGAGAAUGGUACAUAAUGAUCCAGAUAAAUCUCUGAUUUGGUAUAUGUGUUUAUAAAUAUAAAUACAUAAACGUGUGUGUGUAUGUGUGUGUGUGUGUAUGUAUGUAUAUAUACACACACACACACACACACACACAUAUAUUCUAUCAUGCAUUCACCUUCAGUGUGUGAAAGCUCAGAUUUUGGAGGUGGAGCCAAGAUUUUUUUUGGAGGGGGGAGUAAAUUGGAGGAAAAGCGUAAUAACAACACUGACAUCUGAAAACUGGCGCAUAGUUUCCCGUGUGCGGACGUCUCGCAGAGAGCGGUUUGGGUCCAGGGCUGCUGCUGGAAAUGAACACAACACACACACAGAUCGUACAAGCAGACUAAACACAACAAGGUGACAUCAAAGACGAUCAACUGGGAAUGUUCCCUCUAUGCUGAAUGAUUUCCAGCAAACCAGUUUGCUUCUCUUGCCUUAGUCGGAUGCUGUUUACAAAAUCCAUAUGACCUGACAAAAAAGCAGACAGACCCUCCGUUCAGCGGCGGCGGAUGUUUCGGCUCUCCUGUGGAGAGUGGCUGGGGCUUUGCCUUCAUGUUGUCCAUAAAGUGGUAGCAGAGAUCAAAGAAAAACCUUCUGUAUAUAGCUUUUCUCUGAAGGGCUUCCAUCUUGUAGAGUGUGGUUCCAGUGUAUCUAUAAUGCAAAAGCACACAUAAAACCCUUAGCAAGCACUGACCAAUUGACUCUCAGUCCCCACCAUCUCUCUGUGGAAGACGCCAUUGCUGUGUUCUUUUAGACUGAAUCUUUGAUGUAGACUGAAUUUCCUGAAUCCGCAGUCUGAAAGGCACAUUCCUUGUAGUACUGAUAGCAACUAAAAUGCUCUGUCUUUAAGAGAAACUCUCCAUGCAGCCCUGAAAGUAAGUGGGCUUUCCUAGAAUCAUUCAGUGUCAAGUUUUAAAACUUUAUUGGGCACGAUAUCAGUCUACAGGGGCUUAUUGACAAGCUGAGGAACAUGGAGAAGCACCCUACCUGACCCGGAAUUAGAAUCUGAAAAGUAAUGCCCUUCCAGAGCGGAUGUCUCAAGCACCUUUCAAAGUCAUCCAGAUAUACAGUCAUAUAGAUAAAUGCUGCGGUGAAAGUACCAUCCUGCACCAGCGAUAAAACGUACAACAUUUACUGAUAACACAGGCGUGCUCUUCCCCUUGGAUGGUUCUGAAAUAAUAAUGGAUUUCUGGAAGGCCAGCCUACUCUGAUUAUAUGCUGCGAAUAAUCCAUUAAAUAGUGUCAACAUUUAUGAACUAAGGUGUUGUUAGUUCAAAUAGCACCUUAAAUGCUUCUGUUAUUGUUGCAUGCAUUCAUCCAGAGUUGGGUAGCUCUGAGUACAGAAGUGAUAAUCCAUAAAUCUUCCAACUUCUUAUCCUGGUUGGAGUCACCUAGAACCUAUGGGAAGCAGCAGAGUCUAAAAGUCUGGAGUGGGCCCUGGGGGAGAUGCCAGUCUAUCACAGGGCACACACACCAAAACACCACUGUACACUAUGGGCAGUUCAGAGAUCCCUGUAGACAAGCAUGCAAAGUCCAUACAUAAAAGCAGAGGCAGGAUUCAGACCCCAGCCCUGAAACUGUGAGGCAACAGUGCCAUUCACUGAGCCGGUUAAUUAUGAUGGUGAAUCGAGGAAUUCAGUUGGCUGACUGUCAUGACCUACUGAACUGGUUAGCUGGAUGGACUGUUGAUUGACCAUCGAUUCACCGUUAUACUGAUGACUGAUGGCUAUUGAGAAAGUGGCAAUAGAGAUAGUAAUAAACCCUCAUUGGGGAAUUUACCCCAUAGCAACCCACAGCUAAGUUGCAUUCGAUCAAUGUCCCUAAUGCAAAUAGAACUAAAUCCAUACAAUGUUUUGAAGAAGGUCAGGUUGAAUGUAUAGAUGUCAGAAUUUGCAGUAGUAGCCUGUAGUGGAUGAUGCUCAGUCAAAGACUUUUUCUUGCAUGUUGGUCACGGAUGCAAGUCAUGAAUGGAUGGAAUGAUUGACUUAAGUCAGCUGCACAUCGUUAGAAGGUACUUCCACCAAUCAUAUAUGCAUGGCAAGUAAAACUGUAUGGCAAGUCAGGAGUUAGUUGUUUUAGAACUCUGUUGUUUUAGAACUCCACUGUUAAGACUUCAGAUCCAUCCUCUGCUCUGUUUUUGUGGAGUUUUCAGGCUCUUUCCAUGUUCUUUGGAGUCCAUCCUGGUAUUUUGGUUUUCCCUUGCAAACCAGAAACAGGAGGUUAGGUGAUAUAGCGCAUCUAUGCUGCCCAUGCAAUGGUAGAGGUGGGCGAUAUGGCAAAAAUAUCAUGUCACGAUUUUUUUUAGAGAGGAUCACAGUCCAUGAUCUUAAAAUGAUUCUUUUUCAUGUUGGUUCAAAACGGUACAAAGCAAACAAAUUCUUCUGUUUUAAAAAAAAUGUAGUCCUAUAAGGUGAAAAACGUGGCAGUAAAACAUAUUUAGCAUAUUCUUGCAGAUGUUUUCUUUUGCGGUGGUUGAAAAGGUUCAUCCUGUUGCCAUCCAAUGUGCCACAUGGAUCUUUGCAAAUAAUUGUUCAAGCCGUGUCAAUUUUGAGGGAUCAACUGUUCCACGUCAUCCAUGCCGAUAAAAAUAGGGAAUGUGUCACAUGUGCAUUGCAUGUUGGGAUGAGGGGAAAAAGGGAGAAAGUAAGAAAUCCAAGCCAUUACCUUCUGUUAGCCAUUACCGGUUUACUGGUGUAUCGAAACGAGUUUGCCUGACAAAACAGCUUUAAAUAGGUGUAUGAGCCAUAGAACUGCAAUUGAUAGAACGUGCACUGUAUCACGAUGCUAACGGUCUCUCCAUAAAGGCAGGUCGUGAAGACAUUUUAAUUAACAAUAUCGCAAAAUCGCACACCCCCGUGAUGCGGUCCUCUGCCUUGUGCCCUGUGUUAGCUGGAAUAGGCUCCAGGCUUACUAUGACCUUGUAUUAGAAUAUGGGCUAAUGCUUUACAUUAAAUGCACCUUAAUAAUGCCUUUAUAAUGCAUUCAUAAAACAUUCAGUGCAGCUUCAUAAUGCAUUCAUAGAACGUUCAUAAGCAGCAUGUAAGUACACUUAAACAUCCUAACAGCUUUAAUGUCCAUUAAUAACAAACAUUAUAUGAUAAUAACAAACUUAUUCAUAUAAUCAUAUGAUGUUUGUUAUUAACGUAAAAUAAAGCUGUUAAGGGAUGUUAGGAUGUUAAGGCAUACUUACAUGCUGCUUAUGAAUGUUCUAUGAAUGCAUUAUGAAGGUGCAAUGAAUGUUCAUUGAAUGCAUUAUGAAAGUGCAAUUAAUGUAAAGCAUUAACGGAUAUGAGUUAUAUGCACAGAUGGGAGGGGAUUUUCCUUUUAACACAGCCAUUAUUACAGACACUUGAAGGUCAUGGCUAUUAUCUCAGUCACUUGAAUGUUGUGCAUGUCUCUAUUCUGGUUUCUUCCCACAGUCCAAAGUCAUGCAGUUAGGCUAAUUGACGUUGCAUAUGGUGUAUGAUUGUGUGUAGUAUGCUAGCUUGCCCAGGGUGUACCUCGACCCUGUGCCCUACGCUGCCUGGGGUAGGCUCCAGGCCCCCCGACCCCGACCAGGAUCAGCCAUUCAACAGUAAAUGGAUGGAUAGCGCUGUCAUGAGCCGCAAACUGUACUGAGAAAAAGACAUUCAAUUCAAAGUAAAGGAAUCACAGUGGCAGACCGUAAUUUGCUCAAAGUGGUCUUAGGCAUUUAUAUGUUAUAAGCAGAUGGUUUACUGUCUAUUAAUACUUGAGUGCAAAGAUGACUACAAAUGUAAGUAGUGAAUGGAUUAUUUAAUGAAGGCCCAUAUUUACAUGGACCUAUGUGUGGCGGUGGCAGAUGGCGAGUUAUACAUACGUCUGCGGUUCUUUUUAUGGUGUUCGGUUCCCACCCACUCAUGCUGCAGAAUCUUCUGGAUUCGCUUGAAAGACCGCAGGGUUCGGCAUGCAUUCUUAUCUCUGAGCUGUCGUAGUUGGGGAUUUUCAAAUGCAGAGGCAGUAGUAAAACUUUGGCAGGUCCUCUUGAUGUCCUGUUAAAUCAAAAGCAGGCACCGCAUCUCUCUGCAGACUCAUGCAAAGCUCUUAAUAUUUUUAAUUAGUUAAUGGAGCAGAUAGCAUUGAUUAAGCCGGCAGUCUGCUUUCUCCCCUCGCCCGCCCCCUUCUUUUGCCGUCCCUGAAAGACAUACUAAUGAGAGAGAUCUCCCACAGCAGCCUUGCCCAGGAAGCGGCCAGGCCAAGCGGCUUCUCCGCCUCCCCUUAUGUGCUUUGUCACCUGCCUCUGAGGGAUGGACAUUAGUUGUGCGACUGCAGGUUUCACCCAUUCGUGGUCCAGCACACAAUAACUCAUGGACAGGAUGUUUGUGGACAUCUGUUGCCACUAAAUCUGCAGUGGAGGGGCGAGGGUUUACCUCCCUGCAUACUACAGCUUCUGGGCGUUCUUUAUCGCUGCUGUCUUCUCUCAGCCCCGUUUGGUCUGAGACGCUUUCAGACUAACAGUGGACUGUAGCUGGAAGGAUGAAGAUGAGGAGAAAUCAUAGGAAAGCACUGCGAUGGCAGCUUGGGAGGUCGCCCUGCCGCCUGGCAUGACUGUUCAGCGAGAGUUACGUGUAACAGAGAAAUACUCUGUCCGCAUGUCACUGUUGACGGAAUGCAAACCAGGCCAGAGUGUGGUGACGGUCUUGGUGUCCUCUCAGUGAAUGUAGGGGUCUGGCUGUGAUUGUCCUAUCCUGUGUUACACCUCAGCUCCUAGCCUGUUCACAACAAAAAAAGUAGCUUGUGGAAUUCAUGGUCUUGGAAUAUGUUGUGUGCAAUGUAAUAAUAAAGCGAUAUUUUUAUACAAA